CAGGCCAUGCAACUCGUGUGUUCAGUAAUUGAUAUUCAGAAAAAAGAAUGCUUAUUGGAUGACAUACGAUCGUACUGAUCGUCUCGACCUAUCACAAUCAUCAACAGGCAAGGCUUAAGUCGUAUAGACAGCCAGAUGUGUGUGCUCGAGAGCGCCAGAGCGAUGGCGAUUCCUGAGCGGGUGGCUGCGAAAGCUGAGGAUAUGAUGACAGAAGAGGACCCUAAUUGUAAUCAAGAAGGGGAUAUAAAACAAAUUAAGGUGUCAAGAUGGGGCCCAAAUCAUGCUGGCGCUAAGGAACUAGCUGGACUUUAUACAAAAGGAAAGCGUACCCAAGAGGUGGUGUGUGUAUACUCCUCUGUGUUCUUAGCCAUCUUCAAUAUUUUCCAGCUGAUUUACCACUUUAGUAUUGAAAAUUGGGCUGCUCCCUUUGCUGCUGCAUUAUCUGGUGUGGUUGUAGCUGAUUUCCUCUCAGGCUUGGUUCACUGGAGCGCAGACUCAUGGGGAUCUAUAGAACUUCCAAUACUUGGACGGAAUUUUAUACGUCCGUUCCGAGAACAUCAUAUUGAUCCGACUGCAAUUACUCGCCAUGAUUACAUCGAGACUAAUGGGGACAACUGCAUGAUGGUCAUUCCCUUAUUGGCUUGGCAGGCAUUCACAUUUUGUAUUUACACUGAAGAACGGAUCCGUGAAGUUUAUAGCUGGGAAUGCUUCCUCUUUCUUCUUUGUAUAUUUAUCACUCUUACCAAUCAGAUUCACAAAUGGUCGCAUACCUACUUUGGCUUACCGCCGUGGGUGGAGUUCCUCCAAAGAUGGCAUAUCAUCCUGCCAAAAAAGCACCACCGAAUACACCAUGUGUCACCGCACGAAACGUAUUUCUGCAUUACCACCGGUUGGCUCAAUGGACCGUUAGAAUAUAUAAAAUUUUGGAGCAGAUCUGAGUGGCUACUGGAACAGUUAACUGGUUACAAACCACGAUCGGAUGACCUUAAGUGGGCAAAAAAGACAGAAUAGCUUUGAAUGUUUCUUUACUCCUUCCUGAUUCAUUUAGUUUGUAAGUAGAAGCUGAAGCCCAAAGCAGUGACAUCACCAAUAAGGUUAUGAUAUUGCAACUGUCACAAUUAACAAUAUACAAAGAUUUUGUUAUAAUCGUGUCACUGUUCAAAGCUUGUGGUGUUUAAUUGCUUAUUUAUUUUUAUGGGAUUGAUAUUUAAAACCUACUACUAGCAAAUAUAUUGAAACACUUUGUAAAUAUAUUGCAAGUGAAAUGUUAUAUAGUGCCAUCAGGCAAUGCCUUUAUUUUGUCUUCAGUAAGAACAUGCUUGUGUCUUACGACAUGCACAAGAGUUAAAUUAUUGUUCAAACUCGCAUUACAGAUUUAUGAUGCUGUUAUUGUUUGAGGGCCGAAUGAAAAGCAUUGUUGGACAUUGCUUGGGUUGACCCUUCUUAACAAUGAAUUUUAAUGAUAAAUACAUUUUAUAAAAUGAUAAUUCUCUGUUGUUGGAACUGACAUAUAUAAUUCUUGACAUAUUGAUCCUUUUAUUUGAGCAUCAGAGUAAGAACUUGAAAAGUCUAUAAUGCCCCUUCAUUUCAAGUGGAAUAGGUCCUGUACAAAUAUAUUCAAAUAGGUAUUUAAGCCUGUAAACAAAAAUCUGUCAACAUCAAAAAAGAUAUUUAUUUUUAUUUAUUAUCUAAUGUAAAAGAAAGUUGAAUUGUGACAAAUUACCAUUGUUUCCCAACACAUUUUCUGUCUAAACUACAGUCUAAAAAGAUGUUAUCGCUUCCCCUUUUUUUAACCAUCAACAGGAGAAAUAGAAAGGUGAUUCUACGUUAAUAUUUUUGAGAUGUGGUUAUCUAUCUGUAUUUUUUUUCUCAUGAUUACAAAUUAUUUCAUAUAGUAUGUACAGUAUGUUUCAUUUUGUAGAUUGAUUUCCUUAUUUUUAGAUAUUUGUGAAUUGUUGUGUACCGGUACCAAUAUGUUUGUGGCAACUGUGUGUAAGUUUUUGUAUUUAUUUUAAUCUUUUCAGUAAUAAUUUCAACAUUGGUGUGUUUUGUAAUAUGUGUGUGUUUAAGUUAGCAGUUGAAGAAUAUUUUGGAAAUACAUGUUUCUAGGAAACACAAAUGCCUUAGGUACAGAUGGUUAUAAAUGCAUGUCACAUCUUUUGCUUUAUACACAUUCUCAUUUUUCUCAGUUUUACGGGAAAAAUAGAUACGAUUUGGCCAUACAUAGGCAUGAUGAUGUCAUAUCACACCCAUAGGUGUUUGUCACAUACAACUUGAAAUUGUGUACAGAGAUUUACACAUCCUAUCUUUUAUAUACUGUCUGUAUUAAGCUAAUCAACUGAAGCAAAAAAUAAUUAAUAGUUCAGUUUCUUAUGUAAUUAAUUUAUUAGCUUUCAAUUUAUCACCACUAAAGAGAUGCGCAAAUAAUAGACCAAAUUGAUUAAGAGCUAUGACGUUGCAGUACAAUAAUCUUGGAUAGGCCAUGGGUACGAUUACAAUCAACGAAGUCCUAUUCUAAUGCAUUAAAUUGUUUCGAAAAUGGUUAGCAAGAAAAAUGCUUUUUAUAACAUUGUAUACAUUUUGAAUAUAGAUUCAUUAAAAUUAUGAAGAGUUUGAGAGGUCUUUCCUACUGCGAGACUCGCCACAACCAGCGCUUACUGAAGGGAUUGUUGUUGAUUUAGAGGUACACAUUCAGCUUGCAUUCAGCUUAAUUACCAUCCCAAACAAUGGCGGUGCCAGCGGAGAGGCAGGCAGAAUUCCCCCCCCCCCCACAAAAAAACAAAAACCACAAUUCGACGAGGAGAAAAAUAAUGUUACGUAUUUUUUUUAUAUUAGUAGACUAUCUAUCUAUAAAAUCGAUAAAAUAAGCCUUUCAAACCCCUAAUUUAUCAUAUAUUUCGGUGGCCUCACCCCCUGGACCACUUUUUCCGACAUUUUUAGCGACAUCCGACCACGCCCACUUCAGCCCACCCAGCAUAUUGGCUCCCCUAAAAUUUUACCUUUCCCCCUCAC